ACCUUCUCCUAACCUUUUGAUUUGAAAAAUCCUCUUCCUCGUGCACCCAAUCAGCCGUACCCAAACGAAUCCAAAGCCGGCGAUCAUUCAACCCUCGCUCCGCCGCUCACCGCCCCGUUCCGGCGACAAUAACAACAUCCCAAACCACACUCAAUCACACCUUUUCCUUUUUUAUCAUAAACUUUCUGCAGAGUAAAAAAACCUAAUCCAAAAUUGAGCGAUAAUUAGGGUUCUGUUGUUCUAGACAGAGAAAAAGAAUCUCCGAUUGAUUCCUUGAGAGAGAGAAGAUUCUAAACCUAAAGGGUUUCGUAAUUUAAGUUAAUCGGAGGAUAUGUUGUGCGUAUUAAUGUCAUGAUGUUGAUCAGGAAUGUGAAUUAGUGAGAAUUCAAACUCCGAUCUAGAGAAUAACGGUUUUGAAUCGGUGAAUAAUGGAUGUGGAUUCGUCAAUGACGUCAUCGUUGGAGGUUGAUCAUGGUAGGAGUGAAGGUAUAGAUGGUAAUGGGCCUGUAACCGAGGAGAGGGUAGAGGAGGGGCCGUCUGCGGCUGGGGAGGAGUCUCCGGCCUCGCCGGCUUCUCUGGCUCAGCCGGUUCAGUCGACGGUGGGCGGGCCCAGGCAUGCACCGAAUUACUCUGUGGUGAAUGCGAUAUUGGAGAAGAAGGAAGAUGGACCGGGUCCGAGGUGUGGGCAUACCUUGACGGCUGUUGCUGCGGUUGGGGAGGAAGGAUCGGCUAAUUAUAUGGGGCCGAGGCUUAUACUCUUUGGUGGUGCAACGGCUCUCGAAGGCAAUUCGGCGAACGCUGGGACUCCUACAUCGGCAGGAGGUGCCGGAAUCCGUCUAUCAGGCGCGACCGCUGAUGUGCACUGUUAUGAUGUAUUAACAAAUAAAUGGUCUAGAAUAACUCCCUUUGGAGAACCGCCUACACCAAGGGCAGCACAUGUGGCAACUGCCGUGGGUACAAUGGUCGUCAUUCAGGGUGGAAUUGGUCCAGCUGGUCUGUCUGCUGAGGAUCUUCACGUUCUUGAUCUAACACAACAACGGCCUCGAUGGCAUAGAGUGGUGGUUCAAGGUCCAGGUCCAGGCCCACGGUAUGGGCAUGUAAUGGCUCUGGUGGGGCAAAGAUAUCUUAUGGCAAUUGGUGGAAAUGAUGGAAAACGGCCUCUUGCUGAUGUUUGGGCCCUGGAUACAGCUGCAAAACCAUAUGAAUGGCGGAAAUUGGAACCAGAGGGGGAGGGUCCGCCACCAUGCAUGUAUGCUACUGCAAGUGCACGUUCUGAUGGUCUUCUUUUGCUUUGUGGAGGACGGGAUGCAAAUAGCGUGCCUCUGGCAAGUGCUUAUGGACUUGCAAAACACAGAGAUGGUAGGUGGGAAUGGGCAAUUGCUCCUGGGGUUUCACCAUCUCCUCGUUAUCAACAUGCAGCGGUUUUUGUCAAUGCUAGGCUCCAUGUAUCUGGUGGGGCCCUUGGUGGUGGUCGCAUGGUGGAAGACUCAUCUAGCGUGGCAGUUCUUGAUACUGCAGCAGGAGUUUGGUGCGAUACAAAGUCUGUUGUGACUUCUCCAAGGACUGGUAGAUACAGUGCUGAUGCUGCUGGCGGAGAUGCCGCGGUUGAAUUAACAAGGCGGUGUAGGCACGCGGCUGCUGCUGUAGGGGAUUUAAUUUUCAUUUACGGUGGUUUACGUGGAGGGGUAUUGUUAGAUGAUCUUUUAGUUGCUGAAGACCUGGCUGCUGCUGAAAUGACAUCAGCAGCGUCACAUGCAGCUGCUGCAGCUGUAGCCUCUAAUGCACAGGUAGGCGGGAGGCCACCUGGACGCUAUGGAUUUGUUGAAGACAGAACGAGGCAGCCAAAUUCUGAAACAGAUGCUGACGGUGCAGUCGUACUUGGGGAUCCUGUUGCUCCGCCUGCUAACGGUGACAUGUAUACAGAUCUCAGCACUGAGAAUGCCAUGCUCCCCGGCUCAAGGAGAUUAAGCAAAGGAGUUGAAUAUUUGGUUGAGGCAUCGGCAGCUGAAGCUGAAGCUAUUGCUAAAACCCUAGCCGCCGCAAAAGCACGUCAAUCUAACGGUGAAGUUGAUCUGCCAGAUAGAGACCGUGGAGCGGAGGCUACUCCUAGUGGGAAACAAAUGAUAAAACCUGAUUCUGAUGUUGUAGCUAGUUCUGCGCCAGCUGGCAUACGUUUGCAUCAUCGAGCUGUGGUAGUAGCUGCAGAGACGGGUGGAGCAUUAGGUGGAAUGGUGAGACAGCUGUCAAUAGAUCAGUUUGAAAAUGAAGGCAGGAGGGUUAGUUAUGGGACCCCAGAAAACGCAACUGCAGCAAGGAAGCUUCUAGAUCGGCAAAUGUCAAUCAACAGUGUCCCCAAAAAGGUGAUUGCUCACCUAUUGAAGCCUCGUGGGUGGAAGCCACCUGUUCGCAGACAAUUCUUUCUGGAUUGUAAUGAGAUAGCUGAUCUUUGUGAUAGUUCUGAACGAAUAUUUUCAAGUGAACCUAGUGUUUUACAACUUAGGGCUCCAAUCAAGAUAUUUGGUGAUUUGCAUGGGCAAUUUGGAGACCUCAUGAGACUUUUUGAUGAGUACGGAUCCCCAUCUACGGCUGGAGACAUAGCAUAUAUCGAUUAUCUCUUCUUAGGAGAUUAUGUUGAUCGAGGCCAACACAGUUUGGAAACCAUUAGCCUUCUGUUAGCUCUGAAGGUUGAAUAUCCACACAAUGUUCAUUUAAUUCGUGGGAAUCAUGAAGCUGCAGAUAUAAAUGCACUUUUUGGCUUUCGAAUCGAGUGCAUAGAGCGAAUGGGUGAGAGAGAUGGAAUCUGGGUAUGGCACAGGAUAAACAGAUUAUUCAACUGGUUGCCACUGGCCGCGUUAAUUGAGAAAAAGAUUAUUUGUAUGCAUGGUGGUAUCGGGAGGUCAAUUAAUCAUAUUGAGCAGAUCGAAAACCUUCAACGGCCGAUCACGAUGGAAGCUGGUUCAAUUGUACUUAUGGAUUUAUUGUGGUCUGACCCAACAGAAAAUGACAGUGUGGAAGGACUGCGACCAAAUGCCAGAGGUCCUGGGUUAGUUACUUUCGGGCCUGAUCGUGUUAUGGAAUUCUGCAACAACAAUGAUCUCCAACUGAUUGUACGUGCACAUGAAUGUGUAAUGGAUGGAUUUGAACGUUUUGCCCAAGGACAUUUGAUUACCCUCUUCUCAGCCACUAAUUAUUGUGGUACCGCAAAUAAUGCAGGCGCGAUAUUAGUGCUGGGUAGAGAUCUUGUAGUGGUUCCGAAACUUAUUCAUCCUCUGCCACCAGCAAUUUCAUCACCUGAAACUUCCCCUGAACGGCAUAUCGAUGAUACAUGGAUGCAGGAGCUUAAUGCAAACAGACCGCCAACGCCAACUAGAGGCCGUCCACAAGUUACAAAUGAUCGUGGUUCUCUUGCAUGGAUGUAGUUGAACUGUUGAAGUAUCGUAUAAUCACAUCUCUAUAAUCACCCAGAAAACUUUGCUACGGUUGGUUCAUUCAAGAGCUUUCAAGAAUUUGUUCAACCGUAUCCUCCCAACCUGACUCCACAUAGUUAGUAAAAAUGAAGAUUUGAGAUCACAAAAAACGCAGCAAAGGCGGGUUAGCAAUCCCUUUGUGCAUUGGCAAAGGGGGAGUUUUGAUUUUCAUUGCUGGUUUUUGUUUUACAUGAUUUUUGUUCUUUGGUUAGGUGUAUGAUUUGUUUAUUUUUGUUUUGUUUUGAGUUUUGUUAAAAAGAUAGAAUGAGGUUGGUUAUAUAUAUGUCUGGAAAGAAGGUGAUGAUUGUAUCAUAGUGGAAGUGGUGGUGUUGUGUUUAUGUACAAUGUAACAUUUGUGUGAAGAUAAAAGACUAAAAAACUUCA